GCCCUAUAUCACGCGGCGGCCAUCUUGGAAUGAAAACGAGGCUAUUGAGGCAAGCCCGGGCAUGUUUGAAACCAGGACAAUCAUGGCGGCGUCGACGAGCACUGGAAGAACUUCCAAGGAAAGCUGGGGCGUUAGUCUGCGCCCAGUGCCGCCCAUUUCUCAUGCGUUCAUUGAGAAAUGGGCAAGGAAGGACCAGAAGGUCCCACAGAAGCUCUUGAAGAAGGGCUACGCGUUUUUUUCGGGAUCUUACAUUCAUAAUGUUGAAGUCAAACCAGGAUCCCCCGUGGUGAUGGUCCGGGCCAAGUGCUUCCCUUCCAUGAGGAAGCACGAUGAACCGAAGCGGCUUGAGGUUGUGUUCCUGCAGUUGUGUUACCGUUUUCUGCAGCUGGUUCAAACAACUUAUGCAAUGUUAUAG